CCAAUCAAACGUUUGUUAUAAUUAUUGUUAAUCUUCGAUAACAACAUUACUUAAGUACAAUUUAAGUAUGAUUUAGUUCUUAUAAUAUAUCUGUGACAAUAAUACAGGGCGCGCGGGGCCCAUUUUAAAUCUAUGCAAUAGUGUGUAUUUUCCAUGAAAUUACUAUAAACGAAUAGGUUUAUCGAUUGUUCAUGAUGUCACUGGGUUCCUAGGAGACAUAAAAACAAACGUUGUCAAGGAGAUUUUUUACGCAAAUUGACAUCGGAUUAAUCUGCUUUCGACAUUUUUAAUUUUUUUCCUUUGAAUUAUUUUAACAAUGGGCGAUGACAAACCAGCAGAAGGGGCGAGGCGGCCGGGGUUCUGCUCCAGUACCCCGGUCGACAAGGCCAGCUUGCGAGCCGAGAUUAGGAAGCCUCCACCAAAGACAUCGGAUUUGUUCAUCACCUGCAACUUGCCUAAGAGAUUUGAACACCCUCACUGGUUCAACGGCUACGGCUGCCAGGUGAGCAACCAGCAUCCCUUCUACAGAACAUCCGCCAGUGUCUACGGGUGGUACCCACCGGGUAUCCACUCGGUGCCGUCGGUGUUCUUCCCCGCAGGUCAGAAAUUCACCAACGCGCUGGCCAGCGCCGGCAUGUACCGCAACUAUAGCCUCAACACCGGCAUGGACCCAGCUGGCUACUCCUGAACAUCAUUGUCAGCUCCUCAUUUAUUUAUAGUCAUUGCAGCUCGAUAGGUUAUAAUAUUUUAUAGUAUUUCAUUAUUUGAUAGAAAUUGCAAAAUCAUUUUGAAUUCGCAAAAAUAUUGAAGUUUCAAUAUGUUGAAAUCAUUGAAACAUGUAUCCCAAAAUCCCAAUCCAUGGAUCCUGGAGAACAAACAUUAUAAUGCACAGCACUUUUGUUAACCAAUAUUUAUUACCAUUGUAGAUGCUCUGUAUUAACUUUUUGAUCUAAUUCUUCAACAUCGGCAUAGACUCUGAAUUGUACAUUGCCAGAGAAAGUCGAUCAUAUCUUAAGUUUAUUAUAUUGUUAAGGUUAUAGAUAAAAGAAAUAUAUUUAAAGGUCUAUAUUUAAGGCCUAUAUUUAAUGCCUAUUCAUUAAUAUACAUCUACUUAAGAAUAGAAAAAAAUUCGUUGUUUAAAUUUUACCUAAAAUUAUUUUUAGUUUGUUUUUGUUAUGGAUAAUAAAAUUAUUAUUUUUAGAGGUAUAUUACAAUUCCAAUAUUUUUAAAUAUAUUAUAGAUAUUUUGCUGCAUGACUUCUGAAAUUUUGGCAAUUAAAUAAAGUGUUAAAGAGAUAUUAA